UCGGUCGGGCCGCGCGGGCGGCUCCGCGCGUGGCCCGGCGCUCGCGAGCUCGCCCCCUCGCUGCGGGCCCGGCCCGCCCGCUGCCGCCGCCUCCUCCCCCGGGGCGGCGCGGCGCCGGCGGGCGGCGGCGCGGAGGCCGGACCGGGCGGCGGCCCAGGCGGCGCGGGGGGCGCGGCGGCCAAGGCGGGCGGCGCGGGCGACAUGACGGACAACAUCCCGCUGCAGCCGGUGCGCCAGAAGAAGCGGAUGGACAGCAGGCCCCGCGCCGGGUGCUGUGAAUGGCUGAGAUGCUGUGGCAGAGGGGAGCCCAGGCCCCGCACAGUCUGGUUGGGGCAUCCGGAGAAGAGGGACCAGAGGUACCCCCGAAAUGUCAUCAACAAUCAGAAAUACAACUUCUUCACUUUUCUUCCUGGGGUGCUGUUUAACCAGUUCAAAUACUUCUUCAACCUCUAUUUCUUACUGCUCGCCUGCUCCCAGUUUGUUCCUGAGAUGAGACUUGGAGCACUCUAUACCUACUGGGUCCCUCUGGGCUUCGUGCUGGCUGUCACCAUCAUCCGAGAGGCAGUGGAGGAGAUCCGAUGCUACCUGCGGGACAAGGAAGUCAACUCCCAGGUCUACAGCCGGCUCACGGCGAGAGGGACAGUGAAGGUGAAGAGCUCCAACAUCCAAGUUGGCGAUCUCAUCAUUGUGGAAAAGAACCAGCGGGUCCCUGCUGAUAUGAUCUUCCUGAGGACAUCGGAAAAAAACGGGUCCUGCUUCCUGCGGACGGACCAGCUGGACGGGGAGACAGACUGGAAGCUUCGGCUCCCCGUGGCCUGCACGCAGAGGCUCCCCACUGCCGCCGAUCUUCUUCAGAUUCGAUCAUAUGUCUACGCAGAAGAGCCGAACAUUGACAUUCACAACUUUGUGGGAACUUUUACCAGAGAGGACAGCGACCCUCCGAUCAGCGAGAGCCUGAGCAUAGAGAAUGCGCUCUGGGCCGGCACCGUCAUCGCUUCAGGUACCGUUGUGGGUGUUGUUCUUUACACGGGCAGAGAACUCCGGAGUGUCAUGAACACCUCGAAUCCCCGAAGCAAGAUUGGCCUGUUUGACCUGGAAGUGAACUGCCUCACGAAGAUCCUGUUCGGCGCGUUGGUGGUGGUGUCGCUGGUCAUGGUUGCCCUGCAGCACUUUGCCGGUCGCUGGUACCUGCAGAUCAUCCGCUUCCUCCUCUUGUUUUCCAACAUCAUUCCCAUCAGUUUGCGUGUCAACCUGGACAUGGGCAAGAUCGUGUACAGCUGGGUGAUCCGAAGGGAUUCGAAAAUCCCCGGGACCGUGGUUCGUUCCAGCACGAUUCCUGAGCAGCUGGGGAGGAUUUCAUACUUACUCACGGACAAGACAGGAACUCUUACCCAGAAUGAGAUGGUUUUCAAACGGCUCCAUCUAGGCACAGUGGCCUAUGGCCUCGACUCAAUGGAUGAAGUUCAAAGCCACAUAUUUAGUAUUUACACCCAGCAAUCCCAGGACCCGCCUGCUCAGAAGGGCCCCACACUCACCACCAAGGUCCGGCGGACCAUGAGCAGCCGUGUACACGAAGCGGUGAAGGCCAUCGCGCUCUGCCACAACGUGACCCCCGUGUACGAGUCCAACGGUGUGACCGACCAGGCCGAGGCCGAGAAGCAGUACGAGGACUCCUGCCGCGUGUACCAGGCGUCCAGCCCGGACGAGGUGGCCCUGGUACAGUGGACUGAAAGUGUGGGCCUAACCCUGGUGGGCCGAGACCAGUCUUCCAUGCAGCUGAGGACCCCUGGCGAUCAGAUCCUGAACUUCACCAUCUUGCAGAUCUUCCCUUUCACCUACGAGAGCAAGCGCAUGGGCAUCAUCGUGAGGGAUGAAUCAACUGGGGAAAUUACAUUUUACAUGAAAGGAGCGGACGUGGUCAUGGCUGGCAUUGUGCAGUACAACGACUGGCUGGAGGAAGAGUGUGGAAACAUGGCCCGAGAAGGGCUACGGGUGCUUGUGGUGGCGAAGAAGUCUCUAGCAGAGGAGCAGUAUCAAGACUUUGAAGCCCGCUACGUCCAGGCCAAGCUGAGCGUGCACGACCGCUCCCUCAAAGUGGCCACCGUGAUCGAGAGCCUGGAGAUGGAGAUGGAGCUGCUGUGCCUGACGGGGGUGGAAGACCAGCUCCAGGCCGACGUGAGGCCCACCCUGGAGACCCUGAGGAACGCCGGCAUCAAGGUGUGGAUGCUGACGGGGGACAAGCUGGAGACGGCUACAUGCACAGCGAAGAACGCACAUCUGGUGACCAGAAACCAAGACAUCCACAUUUUCCGGCUGGUGACCAACCGCGGCGAGGCCCACCUCGAGCUGAACGCCUUCCGCAGGAAGCACGACUGCGCCCUGGUCAUCUCGGGAGACUCCCUGGAGGUCUGCCUCAAGUACUACGAGUACGAGUUCAUGGAGCUGGCCUGCCAGUGCCCGGCUGUGGUCUGCUGCCGCUGCGCGCCCACGCAGAAGGCCCAGAUCGUGCGCCUGCUGCAGGAGCGCACGGGCAAGCUCACCUGCGCCGUAGGUGACGGGGGCAAUGACGUCAGCAUGAUUCAGGAGUCGGACUGCGGCGUGGGCGUCGAGGGAAAGGAAGGAAAGCAGGCGUCGCUGGCUGCAGACUUCUCCAUCACUCAGUUCAAGCACCUCGGCCGGUUGCUCAUGGUGCAUGGCCGGAACAGCUACAAGCGCUCGGCGGCCCUCAGCCAGUUUGUGAUCCACAGGAGCCUCUGUAUCAGCACCAUGCAGGCUGUCUUUUCCUCCGUGUUUUACUUUGCCUCGGUUCCUCUCUAUCAAGGAUUCCUCAUCAUUGGGUACUCCACCAUCUACACCAUGUUUCCCGUAUUUUCUCUGGUCCUGGACAAGGAUGUCAAGUCAGAAGUUGCCAUGCUGUACCCCGAGCUCUACAAGGAUCUCCUCAAGGGACGACCAUUGUCCUACAAGACAUUCUUAAUAUGGGUUUUGAUUAGCAUCUAUCAAGGGAGUACCAUCAUGUAUGGGGCGCUGCUGCUGUUUGAGUCAGAAUUCGUGCACAUCGUGGCGAUUUCUUUCACGUCGCUGAUCCUCACCGAGCUGCUGAUGGUGGCCCUAACCAUCCAGACCUGGCACUGGCUCAUGACGGUGGCCCAGCUGCUCAGCCUGGCCUGCUACAUCGCCUCCCUGGUGUUCCUGCACGAAUUCAUCGAUGUGUACUUCAUCGCCACGUUGUCGUUCUUGUGGAAAGUCUCCGUCAUCACGCUGGUCAGCUGUCUGCCCCUCUACGUCCUCAAGUACCUGCGCAGGCGGUUCUCUCCUCCCAGCUACUCCAAGCUCACGUCCUAGGCUGCGUGCUCGGGGAGGGGCCCCGGUCUCCGCGCUUUCCUGAUGGACAGAGUUCACGUUCCGUUUCUGUUCACCGCCACCUGUGGAUUUUGCAGUCAUUGCUAACACGUGCAGUUGUGACGUGACUCGGCUCUGCUUCAGCGGAGCCCUAACACUGAAUAAACAGGAGGAGGCUCCUAAAAGGUGCCCUCGCAGGCCUGUUGGAACCCCUGGUGAUUCCUGUUGGAGUGACUGUGACUAUGUUGAGAUGGUGGCUCAGCGAGAGAGUUAUAGGGUCACUGUGCAAGCUUCCUUAUGACUUGAAUUUCGUUGUCGUGUGAUAAAAAUUUCUGUCUAGUUGAAGAUUGUAGAAGGGUUUUUUUUUUAUGUUUUUUGUUUUAAAACAAUCCUAAUGUGUGUAUACUCUUUAUGUCUUUCUUGCUCUUAAAGACUGGUUUCAGAGAAAUGUAUAGCUCUUGGUAUAGGUUUGGGGCAAAAGACAGUGACGUGGUAAAAAGUUAUCCAAACAAGAGUCUCGAUUUGGAAACGCUCAAUAUCCUAUCUCAGAUGGCCCUGCUCAUUGAAGCUGCGCUGGCUUCCCGGGAUUGCAGCAAGCAGAUGAGAGGAGGUGGGGAGAGAGGGCCAUAAAUCGAACAUGGUAUCCUGGGUCUGAUCCAGCACCUUCGGCCUCGGCGUUCCCUUCACCUGCCACCUCAUAAAAGAAUGUCAAAGGUGUUAUCCUGCUUUGCUGGGACCUGAUAACAACUAUAACGCCCGUGGCUCUCUGAGGACACCCUCAGACAUUUUCAGCAGAGUUGUUUUAGCAGGAAACGUGCCACUGAAUGGCCCCUAAACAUGUCAACACUGAGAUAAGAGACUCAACUAAUUCUUCAGACAACAUAGCACAUGUGGCUCAGGCCCUCCAAGUCCAGAGUGGAAAGGUCACAGACGGGGCUCAUUGCUUCCACAGCAAUCUGUUUUCUGUUAGGAGGAAUUAUGGAGGACAAAAUGACCAAGGCAGAGGCAUCUUAGUGUAUUGCUACUCGUCGGUGGCAGCUUCAAGCCAGGAGCCCGGUGGGAGGAGACCCAGGCAUCAGCUUUGGGGUCUGGGCUCCAUUCUGCUGCCUGCGGAUUUCAGGGGGAGCUUGCUGAAAGGCAGCCAAUUGUGGAGAUGGAGUACAUGUGUGUGUUUUUUUAUGAAGCCGUGGCUUCUCGUUUCAGAGGAAGCAGGGAGUAUGCAAGCACUGGACGUGGCAGGGCAAGGCAUUCUUGGGUUUUCAAGUCAGUUCUUGCAGGAGCCACAUGUGUGCGCCAUACGGUUCAGUGGGUGGAUCUUCGAGAGCUGACUGUGUUUGAUAUCUUAGGUUUGUGAUUAAUUCUUGAUGAGUACAUACUCCUCAGCCCUUCAGCAUGAUUCUUCUUCACGAGCUGCAGAGAUUAAGUUCCAGCCUGGUUGCUGACGCCCACUGCUCUAGGGUCAACCAGUUCCCUGCGAGUUGGGGACGUGAGGAGCAGACGGUCCCUUGCCUUGGGAGCACUCUUGAUAUGCUCAGAUAUUUACGUUGCCCUUUUAAAACUUGAUAGAAUGAAGUAAGUUGCAGGCACUAGUACAUUGGCUAUUGACAUCACUUCUAUUGUUUUAAGAUUCUGCACUUUUGCAGUAUUUUUCCCUUUCUGUUCCAGGCGUUUCUGCCAUACAGAAAAUAAAUGUUGCAUUGAAUGAAUGGUUGUUUAGGACUAGGGUCUUUGUCCAAGACUUUCAUAAAGGGUGAGCAGGUCUGACUUCUUCCCCGAGUGGGUAGAUGUGGUUUCAGAGGUGGCCGGGGAGAAAGUUGUGCUCAGUGUUUUUGCACCCCAGUCUGUCUGGGAAGUCAGACUGUAAAACUGGAAGUCUAAAGGUAAUUCCACUCUGAGUUUGCAAAGCCCGAACCUGGCCUUGUCCGCAGACAGGUGAUGGCCCCUGCAGGUAGGUCUCGUGGAAUCCUCGUUGGGAAGUUUUCUCUGUUUCCAGCAGAUACAGGCAGUGCAUCUGGUCUCUUUGGUCUUCUCCUUAAUUCCCAAUUUUGAUGGAGGGGCGUGAGUUGCCUUUUCAAGUCAACGCCUAAGAUGCUGCUUGGCAUCUUCAAGGGAGAAAGGUUCUCAGAGGUGCUGGCGAAGCCAUCCCUGGACAUCGAAGGUGCUCGUCAGUGCUGUCAACGGACCUCCUUGUUCUGUUGACCACACUCUGGUGGAGGCGGUCAAGGGCGAGAGGGACAGAGAGGCGGCUGGAGACCACCCCGUAGAACCACCCUGUCGGUGGGCAGCCUGCUCACACCCCCCGCUGGGGUCCCCGAGGGGCAGGAA